AUGGCCAGAAUCUCUAGUCUGAACGGUUCGGCUCUCCAGCGGGUUGGUAUUCGAUCUGCAAAAUCUACACCAGACGUCGUUAUUCCGUUGACCGGCGAAGAACUGACGAUGAAAUCGAACGUGAACUUUAAUGGCAAAUGGAUGUAUCGAGUAGACAAGGUUAAAGUAGACGAAUGUCCAACUGGACUUGUGCCACCGCCAUUCUGUCAGCAUGAUGUCAACGAGUGUGAGAAUGCGAGAUAUCCAUGUCACAAGCAGGCGUUUUGCAUCAAUACGAAGGGUUCGUUUUUCUGCUCGUGUAAAGACGGAUGGACAGGCGACGGAUUCCAUUGUUUCGAGCUAAACGCUUGCUACGUCGCGUCGAGGCUAAUAUGCGGUCAAAAUGCGAGUUGCCAUACUGCCAGGUACAAAAACGCCAGGCCCGAGUGUUUGUGUGACGAUGGAUUUGUUGGUGAUGGCUUCACAUGCAUUCCAAUUCCAGCCGUGUCUGACGACCGCCUGAACAACAUGGCCACAAAAGAAACCAGCGUGCCGAAAUCCGACGUCAGACAAUUGCCGAAGGAAAACAAGCGAAAAGGGCCGGAAGUGCAGACCAUCACCAAUCGUCUUUCGUGGUCUUUUCGAAAUAUGGCGAAUGUUGAAGCAGAGAUGGCUGAGCAUCCUGAGUCAAUUGCAGUGCAAUCAACCGGAGGUCCCUCCACAGAAGUAAAAUCAGCGCUUCCACCUUUGACUAAUGUCAUGCCACAAAGAAGAAAACUGUUCGUCCCGCGCAACGUCUCAGAAGAACCAAAAAAUGCAGAAAUAUUGCUAGAAGAGAAAAUACUGCCAAUCGUAUUGCCGUUCAUUCUUGGAGCAAUAUGGUUGGUGCUGCUGACAGUGUUAGUGAUGUUUUGGCUGAAGAGGAAAAGUCGUAGGAAAGAGCAUCAACACUCGGUAAGGUCGAUAAACGAAUACAACGCGUCCCGGAAAGGCGGUGAUUCGACAUUCGACAACUAUUGGCCUUCGAACAGCCACUUAUGGACGGUCAGGUCGCAGAUGCAGUCAGAUGACGUAAGUUCAGUGCAUAAUUGUAUUCAUGGAUUGAUCGAGUGCUAA